UAACCCUCUCAGUUUUCAAGUUUCAACAUCUUUUCCCUCUCAUUAUCUAAUAUCUCUCUCUCUCUCUCCCUCUCUCUCCCUCCUGAGUGAACAUUUUAAUGGUUGCGUAAAUUUGAAGACUGGUAUAAACGUCCGAGUGUUUUGGUGGAAUUUAGUUGGUUUUUUUUAUUUCAUCACUGGUCCGAAAUUCGAAAUGGGGAAGAAAGAUCACCACCCGAGAGAUGAACAGAGCAAAGGAAAUGCAAGAGUGGAAGCAGUUCUUCAGCUUCUGAGAAAACAAGCCCCACUCACAGUUAAACAGGAGAAGUUUUGCAACACUGCUUGUGUGGAGAGGUUUUUGAAAGCAAAAGGAGAUAGUGUUAAGAAGGCGGCCAAGCAACUUAGGGCUUGCCUUUCAUGGAGACAGAAUAUUGGCACUGAGAACUUGAUAGCAGAUGAGUUCUCAGCUGAGCUCGCUGAAGGUGUUGCCUACGUGUCUGGCCACGAUGAAGAAUCCAGGCCAGUUGUGAUUUUCAGGAUUAAACAAGAUUACCAGAAGUUCCAUUCACAAAAACUGUUCACUCGCUUGUUGGUAUUCACGCUGGAGGUGGCGAUUCAGUCCAUGCCAAAAAACGUAGAGCAGUUCGUCCUCCUUUUCGACGCAAGUUUUUUCAGGUCGGCUUCUGCUUUUAUGAACUUGCUGGUGGCCGGACUGAAAAUCGUGGCGGAGUACUACCCAAGACGGCUCUUCAAAGCGUUCGUAAUUGACCCUCCUACAAUGUUCUCAUAUCUUUGGAAGGGUGUUCGACCGUUUGUUGAGCUAUCAACGGCUACGAUGAUUGUAUCAUCUCUAGACUUUGAGGAGUCGUUGGAUUUCAGUGACUUCUCAAAUUACCCGCGAGCCUCGUCCCUCCGAUUCGACCCCGCCUCAAUCAAAUCAACGGCCAAGGUCGGCUCUUGCUCAUCCUCUCGUUUCUCCUUCACUGUCGCUCAGCAUCAGUUCGACUCUCUCAAGCCUUGGUACCUCAGCCUCACAGACACGUCCGCAUCCAAAGUAGGUCCCACCACACCCUCCCCGCUGGGACCCGCGCUCAUCUCUCCGCUAAACGCCCGGUCCUUCUCCUUCGCAUCCCCCGCCGCCAGAACACCACGUGGAACAAUCCACGGCUAUGGCAACUCCGCUGCCAUGAGAAAAAGCCUGUUCCCGUCGACCCCACUACCCCAACGGUGCUCCGGCAGCGAGCCCAGCAGAACCCCUCACCACAACCAGCCACCGCGGACCCCACGCCCCUCGUUCCUCCAAUCGCCGGCCACGUUCUUCCGCAGGGAGAGCCACGCCAGCAGGACGGAGAAGUCCCGGGAGUCCUUCGCGCCGUUCUUGAAGUUCUACAGGAGGCCGUACGACGAGAUGAUCUACAGGUCAAAGAUGCGGCCCCCACUGGGCGGACUCAUCUCCAUCGUCUCUCCCCACAUCAGACGCCGCCACGUGUCCGUAUCACAACGGUUCUGAACCCAAAGAAAGGGCAGAGAAGUACAUAGAUUUUAUUAAAUUAACAAGGAGUCUCCUUUGACGCGAUCAGUAAUAAUUGAUUAAUUAUUUCUCAAAGGAAAGAAAUUCUCAUCGGAUCUCUUUCACUAAAUCUACCUAUCACUUAAUUCGGAUCUUUGAAAUUUGAUCAAAUGGCUAAAGUUUAUAACUUUUAAAUAGGUCCUUUACUUUUAGCCGUUUGAUAUAAUUUUAAGAGCUCGGAUUGAUUGAUUGGGUAGAUUUGGUGAAAGGAAUCCGGAGAUAAUUCUUUCACAAAGUCCAACUCUCCUCGUGCAUUAAAGUACUGAGACGACGACGUACUAGGCAAGCUGUGAGAGAUUGUGCACCACUGUCUAAUUUUGAAAUGUGUAGGGGUUCUAAUUCUAAUUUUUCACAAAGUCUUAAGUUUUUAGGGUUUCGAAGGGCAACAAAGCUUGGGAACAAGAUAGCGUGGUCGACACGGUGAAAACUGCAUUGGAACCCAUAUGCUGUAAAACAAGGAAGAAAAAAAGAAGAAGCCAUCAAGUGAUUAGGAACAAAAAAAAAGCCUUUGUUUAUUUCAAUUCAAACUUUGAUAUAUAUAAAUGUAUUUAUAUAUUUGAUC